CCUCCCCUCAUUCCCAUGGAAUUCAUUCCCGCUUUCCCCCCUGCAGCCCCCGGCCGCCAGAGGAGCAUCCUGGAUUUCUGCGGGAUCCGGAGCCGCGGGAUCGAGGAGGAUCCAUUGGAUCCCUGUUCCUCUUCUCCUCCAGAUUCCUGCCUUUUCCAGCAUUCCCAGCUCUCCGUGCCACCUCCAACUGCACAUUCCAGGAAAAGACCUCUUCCCUCUGCACCCUCAGGAAUUCCCACCCCAGAGCUGGAUCUUUGGGAUGAACCCCAGGAGAAAAUUCCCCAACUGCUCCAGCAGGAAUGGGAAGAGCUGGAAGUGGAGCCUCUUCCCGAUUCCCACUACGGCCUCCUGGGCACUCGGAACUGGGAAUUCCCUCAGGGAUCCAUGGAUUCUCUUCCUGCUGAAAUCCUCAGGAAUAUUUUUGCUCUCCUGCCAGUGCUGGAUCUGUACCAAAACCUGAGCCUGGUCUGUCAUUCCUGGCGGGAAAUUAUCCGGGAUCCGCUGUUUAUUCCAUGGAAAAAGCUCUACCACCGCUACCUGAAGGGGGAGCACUCGGCCCUGCAGGCGGUGGAGCAAAUCCUGCAGGAAUUUUCCAUCACCAAGGAAAACCAGGAAUGUGUCCUGGGGCUGGUCAGGUUGGUGGCAUCCAAGGGAGCCAAGGUGGAUCCCAACGCUCUUCUCCGGAUUUUGGGAACUCAUCCCCUCUUCCCAAAGGCUCAAAUCUGCGUCCACAACAAAUUCCCAGAUUUACUCAGCAAGCCUGGGGUGAGUUUCACUAAGGUUUUUUUGGGAUUUUUUAAAAAUUCCUGCCGGCGUCUUCCGGAUCCAGAGUUGUUGUUCUUGGUAAUUCCUGAUUUAUCCCUUUAUUUUUAUUUUUUUCCCAGGAUUCACUACAAUAUUUUCUACUGUUUGUAUCUGAUGGAAAAUUCCUCUGGAAUUGCUCCGCCUCCGGAAGAGGGAAGAGAGGAUUUGUGUUCCAGUGGACGGGCUGAUGUCAAACUGACCCAUGAGCAGCAGAGGAUUUUGAAUCAUAAAAUUGAGCCUGGGCAGACAGUGAAAAUCAUGGCAUUUGCAGGCACAGGGAAAACCUCGACUUUGGUCAAGUACGCGGAGAAAUUCCCGGAGCUGAAAUUCCUUUACCUGGCUUUUAACAGAGCUGUGGUGGAAAAGGGGAAAAAGGUUUUUCCAAGGAAUGUCACCUGCAAGACUUUCCAUUCCUUGGCUUUUGGAAGUGCUGGGAGAUGCUACAAAGACAAAGGCAAGCUGAACUUUUCCAAGAUGUCCGUGUUUUCCAUCAGCUCCCUCCUUCGCAAUUGCAAAGGCCAAUCCCUGUUUGUGAGAGGGAAAACGGUGGCGCAGACCUUGGAGAAUUUCUUUUCCUCCUGGGACGAGGAGAUCAGCGAGGAGCACGUCCCGCUCUGGUUCAGGAACACCCACGGGAACAUGGAGCGUGUGAGCCCAGAGGAAAAGAGAAUCAAUGUGGAAGAGGCCAGGGAGAUUUGGCACAACAUGAAGGAGCUGGAUGGAGACGUGGAAAAGAAAUACAAAAUGACUUGUGAUGGAUAUUUGAAACUCUGGCAGCUCAGCAAACCCCAGCUCUCAGGAUACGAUGCCAUUUUUGUGGAUGAAGCCCAGGAUUGCACUCCAGCCAUCGUGGAUAUCGUACAAUCCCAAAAAUGUGGGAAAAUCCUGGUGGGAGAUCCUCACCAACAGAUCUACACCUUCCGAGGGGCGGUCAACACCCUGUACUCGCUGCCCCACAGCCACGUGUUCUACCUGACCCAGAGUUUCCGCUUUGGGCCCGAAAUCGCCUACGUGGGAUCCACGAUCCUGGAUUUGUGCAAAGGGAUCCGCGGGAAAACCCUGCUGGGAGGGACCCAAAAGGGUGAGAUGGGAUUGGGAAAGAGGGAAAAUUCCUGGAUAAUUGUGGGAUUGGGAAUGGGUACGGGUAACCAGGAAUUCCUGGCAGGAAUGGCUGUGGAUAACUGGGAAUUCCUCUUGGGAAUGGCUGUGGAUAUCCAGGAAUUCCUGGCAGGAUUGGCUGUGGAUAACUGGGAAUUCCUGGCAGGAUUGGCUGUGGAUAUUCAGGAAUUCCUUGCAGGAAUGGCUGUGGAUAUCCAGGAAUUCCUGUUGGGAAUGGCUGUGGAUAUCCAGGAAUUCCUGGGUUUGCAGCGUUUUGGGCUGGGCAGAAUUUUGGACAUUUGGAAGCUGAGCCAACCCCCAGAGCUCAGGAAAAACGACAACCUGGAGAUAGAGGAUCCGUUCAUCCGGCGCUGGGAGGCGUCGGGCGGCUUCCCGGCACUGCGGGAAUUCGCCGCCUGCGUUCAGGACCGAGACCUGGAAGGGAAAAUUUCCAUCGUGGAAAAAUACCGGGAACGGAUCCCGGAGCUGCUGAGGAGGAUCAGGGCCAGCCACGUUUCCCAGGAAUCCCUGGCAGAUUAUCUCCUGGGGACCGUGCACCAAGCCAAGGGCCAGGAAUUCGACAGCGUUUGGGUCGCGGAUGAUUUUGUGCAAAUCUCAUCCAUGGCUUUCCUGAGGAGAGCAAAUGACGCUCUGGGUGAGGAACAGCGGGAAAAGGGAACGUGGGAAUGGGGCUGGAGAGUGGGAAUGGGUCACGGAUCAACCUUCAUCUCCCUCAGAGUGCUGAUAUUCCCAUUUUUCCGUGUUUCCCAGGAACAUUUCCUCCGGGUGGAGCUGCUGAGUGAGGCUGCCCCAUCUCCCAUCCCUUGUUGUGUGUUGGGAUGUACAAAAUCCCUGGAAUUCCGCUCCGGGCUGGUGGUGAAGAAGCUCCCGUUGAGUCGUAGCGACGGCAGCCGGGAUCUGGGGGGAUUCCUGUGCCAGGCUUGCACCCAGCAAUUCUUUGGCUCCCUGGCUCCGCUCGUCUCGUUCCCAACGAUCCAGGAAAAGCCCAUCCAGCCCUGACAGAGCCUCCAGCUUCCCAGAGCCAUCCUGGACCUGGGACAAAUCCUCCUGGCACAUCCCAGCUCCUAAAUCAGACGUUGGAGAUGGAAAUCAGGAUGUUGGAGCAGGAUUUCAGCCAAAUCCUCCAAAUUCUAGGUGAAUAUUGGAGCAGGAUUUCAGCCAAAUCCUCCAAAUUCCAGGCAAAAGUUGGAGCAGGAUGUUCCCAGCUCCAAAUUCCAGGUGAAAGUUGGAGCAGGAUUCCUCUUGGCACAUCCCAGCUCCAAAAUCAGACGUUGGAGAUGGAAAUCAGGAUGUUGGAGCAGGAUUUCAGCCAAAUCCUCCAAAUUCCAGGCGAAUGUUGGAGCAGGAUUUCAGCCAAAUCCUCCAAAUUCCAGGCGAAUGUUGGAGCAGGAUUUCAGCCCAGCUCCAAAUUCCAGGUGAAAGUUGGAGCAGGAUGUUCCCAGCUCCAAAUUCCAGACAAAAGUUGGAGCAGGAUUUCAGCCCAGCUCCAAAUUCCAGACAAAAGUUGGAGCGGGACGUUCCCAGCUCCAGAGGAAUUUCCAGGCUUCCUGGGGAUGAUGUGAUUUCCUCCAGCCCUGCCUCAUCCUCCAGGAGCUGGGAAGUGGAAUAUCCAGAGGAUAUUCCAGAGGAUAUUCCAGAGGAUAUUCCUGCACUUCAGGAAUGGGAUCCGACAGAACAAGGUUCAUUUUGGAACAUUCCCUCUCUUCCCCCUGACACCAAACUCCCCAAAUAUCCCGUCAUUCCCGGAAUUCCCUCUGAUCCAAUGGAAAAAAGAGGAAGCAUAAUGCUGGAAAAUAUCCAAAGAAAGUUUAUUUAUUGGAAAUGAACUUUUCCUGUCCAGCCAGGGGAGGAAAUCCUGAAUGUCUCCCAGUGAAUUCAUCUUCGAUCCUUGCAGCCAAGGGAUUUCCCUGGAUUCUUUCCCUCCUCCCUGCAGCCAACCAGGAGGGAAGAGAUAAGCAGGAGCAGAAAAAUUCGGGGACAAACUGGAGAGGGAUUUCCAAUCCUCAAAUUAAAUUUAUAGCCAAAAAAAAAAACCUUAACACUUCCAUUGUGUCUCUUCCCUGCCCUCAAAUAUCCUUUUAUUUCCCGGAUCACGCUCUCCGUGCCUGGAGGCCACAAUUCCAGAGUCUGUGCCAUGGGAAACCAGAACUGGAAGUGGUUUUGGAAUCUGCCCUUGGCCACGGCCUGGAGCUGCUGCAGGAAUCCAUCCUGGUUUUUAUUCCAUGGGAUGGAUUGGAUUCCAUGGAGCUGCUUCCCUCCCUCUCCUUUCACUUUGGAAGCCGAUUCCGGGAAUGCGUUCCCGACGUGGGCAGGAAUUCUCCCAAACUCUUGGAUCUGGAUGGGAACACAAAGCCUGGAGUGGCCAUUGGAUCAUCCCAGGGCUCCCUUCCAGCCUCUCCCGAGAUUCCUGGUUCCUUGGGAAGAGGGAUGUGCCCCGGAUUGGAGGCACAAACAGGAGCAGCCAGGAAAAUCCAUGGAAUUCCAGCCGGUGCAUCCCAAGCUUUUUGAGAACUCCUCUGUGCCGUCACCUCCGGAGGUUGGGAAUGAACCCUUCGAUUCCGCGGUGUCCAAUGGGAAUGCUGCAGGAUUCAUCCCAAUCCAGUCCUUCCCGAGACAUCCAGUUAAAAAUCUGAGUGUAUUUUCCAUAUAAAAUACAUUUAUUUCUACCUAAAAAUAGAAAGCUGCCUUUUCUGGAGUGGGAGGAAACAAGUGGAUAAAAACCUGGAUAAGGGAACAAGUGCAAAAAACCUGGAUAAAGGAACAAGUGGAUAAAAACCUGGAUAAGGGAACAAGUGCAAAAAACCUGGAUAAGGGAACAAGUGCAAAAAACCUGGAUAAAGGAACAAGUGGAUAAAAACCUGGAUAAGGGAACAAGUGGAUAAAAACUGCUGAUGGAUAAAAGGAAACACACAAAGGAAAAUAUUCCCUAAAUUAUUUGGUCCUCGAUGGUGUCCGUGGAGGUGCCGCUCCAGCUUGGAUUCCGGGUGGGGAUCGGGAUCCGGAGCCGGGAUCGGUGCUGGAAGUGCUUCCCAAGGAUCCCUGAGCUGUGUGUGAGGGUGGGAUGUUCCCAACACCUUGGGCUCAGUGGCUGGAGGAGAACAGGAAAGGGAUGAGGAUGUGUGGAAAUGCUCAGCUGGGUCUUUCCAUCCAGUUCCUGGGAUUUGGGACAGAGCUGGGAAAAGGAUGGGAUCCAGCUAAUCCGAGUCUAUCCAUGGACAGGGGAUGGGAAUUACCUGGGGCAGAUUCAUCCCAAAUCCCAUCCCAGCAUCCCAACCCUCUCCCUGCCCACCACCAGCAUCCCCAGGGCCAAUUCCCACAAAUCCCAGCUCCCAGUGUAGGACAUUCCCCCACCUUCGGGAUCAUCCGUGGGAACCAUCCGCGUUCAGCCGCGCGUCCCUGGCUGCUCUCAGGGAAGCGGCCGGAAUUCCAUCCUCCGGCAUCCCUCGGGAUGGGAAUGCUCCGAGUGUCCCCGGGCCGGGUGCUCAGCCUGUGGGGACGACGACGGGAGGCUCCACCUCCUCAUUCCCGACGGGAUGAGCUUCCAUGGGAAUAUCCGUCUCCGUCACCGCGUAGCCCUGCCUGGUGCACCUGCGGAGGGAAGAGGAGCAUCGGUGCCAUUCCAAGGUUUUCCUUUGGAAAGCACUGAAGCCUUGGAAAACUCAUCCUUACUUCCUCCUCCAGCAGCAGGCGGCCGCAAUUCCGGUGGCCAGCAGCACCAGGAAUCCUGCGGGAUGGAGACACGGAGUGAGGAACAUCUCCCAACCCACGGCCAAGGAAUUCCACCAAAAUAGCUCUGGAAGGAGCCAAACCCACUCCGGGCACCAUCACAAGGUGCCCUCCCCACCCCCAGAGGGAGAAACUUUGGAAUUCUUCUUUCCAGGAAGGAAUUUGGGUGCUGGAUCCUUUCCCUCCCCUUCCCAUUCCUGUUGGUCCUGGAAUAAAACUCCCACAGCUCCCAAAAGGGAUUUGAAACUUUAAAAAAGAAUAAAUAAGCCCCCAUUUCCCAAAUAAGCGAUUUUUUUCCCAACUUACCGACAGAAGAGCCCACGGAGAGGAUGGAAACUGGAAAAGAGGAGAGAAAAGGAAAUUUUGAGCUGCAGAAGUAGGAAAGGGGUGGAUUCUGGGAGGAGCCUCACUAAAAGGGAGGUUGGAGGGAAGGAAAAAUUCCAUUGGAAAAGCAGAAGAGCCUUUACGGAUCAAAGAAGCCCCGGGGGAGGUUUGGAUUCCCUCGGGAAUUGGCCCAACCUGCGGCGUGAUCCGUGGGCGGGAUGGGCAGCGGGGUUCUCCCCUCUCCCAGCGUGGAUGUGUCCGGUGUUGGAAUCGUCUCCGGCGGCCUGGAUCCAUCUGGCAGCACAGGGGACUGACUGGAAGCUGGAGAGGGGCUGGAAUUCGGGCUGGAAUUCGGGCUGGCAUCGGUUCUUCCUGCUGAGAAAACGAUGGGAAAUCUUGAAAUUCCCAAAAUGGAAAAGCGGCUCCGUUAUUUCCGCGCCCUCAUCCGACAGCUGGGAUUUCAGGAGACGGCGCGAAUCAGAUCCCACCACGGGAAUGUUGUGGUUUCCAAAUGCCAGGCUCCAAUCCCAAUCCCAAUCCCAAUCCCGUUCCUCACCCCUCUGGGUCGUGCUCUCCGUGCCGGGGGUUUCCCAGGAAUAAGCUGGAUCUCCUUUGGGAAAACACAACAGGGAGACACCAUCAGCUGGGAAAUGGAACUCCAACCGGUUUGCUGAGUCAGUCAAAAUUAUUUUAGUCAAUAUUUUAUUGGAUAUUUAUUUUUUUAUUAUUUUAUCCAAUUAUUUUAUCCAACAUUGAGGUCCGAGGGAAAUUCCACAAAUUCUGGAUGUUUGUUGUCAAAUUUUAACAAUUUUUUACAUUUUAGCAAAAAAAGGAAUUAAUGUUCAUUUGCUUCAAGUUCUUAAUUACCCUUCUAUUGUUGAAUAAUUGAUCCCUUUUUAAUUAAUGUAAUUAAUCCGUAUUUUCAGCCUUUUAAUUAUGUUUUCCCAGACCUCUGCAUUAUCCAAAGUCUUUUUCUGGUUUAUAAAUUCCACAUUCCCGGUGUUCCAUCCUCCACAAUAAAUUCCUUUCCCAGGAUUUAACUUCCUCCCCCA